GUAAUCGGACACCGAGCGGGCCAUGACACCGAACGGGCCAGUUCCCUCAAGCGCAUCAAAAUAUUUCUAUACACCAGCUUUCAACACGCCAUCAUGCCACCAAUAUGUACAAGAAGCAUACAAAAUUCCAGCAGUCAAGAGGGCAAGAUACUACUUGCUAUAUCCAAUUUAAAAAAUAGAAGAAUUCGAUCUAUAAUGUUUCACGUACAACUCUCCAACGCCGACUUGCUGGUAUCCAAUAUCGAGGUGAAAAACGCGCCAAUAGUCAUAUAUUGACUGAAUAUGAGGAGUAAUCUCUUCUAAAAUGGAUUCUUGACCUUGAUAAACGUGGAUUACCUCCCCGGCCAUCUCUCGUACAAGAUAUGGCGGAUCUGUUUCUUUCCCAGCAUGGCAAUAAACAUGUCAGUGAAAGAUGGGUCUAUCGAUUUGUUGACAGACAUCCGGAAGUCAAACUACGGUUUUCACGAAGAUAUAACUACGAGAGAGCAAAAUGUGAGGAUAUUAAGUUAAUUCCACUGGAUGGGCUUUGCCCUCAUACGUUAUCUUCAAAGCAACAACCUUUUAUCAACAAGGCUGGUUUGAGACUCUUCCACAAGAUUGGAGACUUGAUAUUAGUAAAAAUGGCUGGACAACAGAUGAGAUUGGAAUACGAUGGCUUCAAAAAUACUUUAUUCCUCUUACGACAAGCCCCUCUCGAUGUGAAUUGUUUUGCUGUUCUCAAACGACAAUAUGGACGCCUUGUUGAGCAACGUGUACGGCUUGGAUUCAAUCAUAUUGAUAAAUAUGACUUCCUUACGGCUUUUCCAGAGGCUCGUACAAUGGCGUAUAAAGCCGAAAAUAUUCAGAAUGGCUUCAAGGCAACUGAAUUGGUGCCAUUUGAUCCAGAUCGUGUUUAUCAAAAGCUUACAGUUGAACUUCGCACUCCAACACCACCUCCCAGUCGAUCAAGUAAUUCACAAUCCUCUUGCCAGCAAACACCUCAAAAUCCACGUCAAUUCAAUCGUCAGACGGCAACAAUAAAGAAGAUAAAUGAGCCUACAACAGGUCCAUUUGAGGUGGUUGAUCAAGCGAUAAACCGGCUGUCCAAAGCAUACGAAAUGAGCAGGAAUGAGCUUCUGAUUAUACAGAAAGAGGUGCAUGAUUUACGGGCUGCAAAUGAGAAGGAGAAGCAAAAACGUAAACGAUCUAGAGCACAAAUAUCUCAUCAAGGAUCUCUUACAGCGCAGGAAGCCCAGGAACUAAUAACUAGUCGAGAGUGCGUUUUCGGAGGGAACUGGCCCGCUCGGUGUCCGAUUACGUUAGUUCAUUGGCUACUCGAGAAGGGUGCCGAUGUCAAUACUCAGGGUGGAGAAUUUGGCAAUGCUCUCCAGGCUGCUGUCGAAGGAGGACGUCUGGAGAUUGUUGAGCGGCUGCUAGAGAAGGGAGCCGAUGUCAACGCUCAGGGUGGAUUAUAUGGCAAUGCUCUCCAGGUUGCUGUCGAAGGAGGACAUCUUAAGAUCGUUCAGCGGCUACUCGAGAAUGGAGCCGAUGUCAAUGCCCAAGGUGGAUACUAUAGCAAUGCUCUGCAGACUGCUUUUGCUGAAUCGUGA